GCAGGGAAGAGAAUUGAUGGAGUUUGGCAUACAGGCUUGGUUUGCUACGAUAGAGAAUUCUUUUAUGGUGGUGAUGGCAUAUCCAGUUGUUCUCCAGGUGGAACAAUUCUUGGUAGCCCAGAUGAGAUGCUUGAUCUUGGAGACACAGAGGUCACCCAAGAUGUUUUUAUGGAUUUCUUAAGUAGAAUUGAACAACAAAAUUUUAGAGGUGACAAUUACCACCUUUUUAAACGCAACUGCAAUAGCUUCUCUUCAGAAGUUGCCAUGUUCUUGACAGGCAAUAGGAUACCUCAACAUAUUCAGGAUCUAAAUCCCUCAGAAGUUCUCAACACAUAA